GAUCGAAAGUAUUUCACGAGGAUCCAAAAUAAAACUUGUCUUUGAGAGAUGUAAUGCGGCUUCCUAAGCUAGUGACUGGGCCUACAAUUCUAUUUUGUUACAAUACAUUCGUUCGCAACUAUUUAUUUUCGUCCCAAAAUUACAAGUCAUUGCAUCUCACUGUAAUUAACAACAAAAGCAGAUAUUUAUAUCCACAUCAUGAUGAUAAAGAUGCUACUACUUACAAUAUGCCAAAGAUAAAAGAAGGAAAAACAAAGAAAGGAAGUGUUAGCACACCCAGUUCAGCAGGUGCAACUACCAGUGAGGAUUCAGCAGUCACCGUCCAUUCUGAUGGUUCCAUCCUAAUCAAAAUCCUUGCCAAACCAGGAGCCAAACAAAACAGUGUCACAGGUGUGACAGAAGAAGGGGUUGGUGUUCAGAUUUCAGCACCCCCAGUUGAGGGAGAGGCCAACACAGAACUUGUCAAAUACAUCUCUAAAGUGUUAGAUCUUAGGAAAUCUGACAUUCAGCUAGACAAGGGAUCAAAAUCUCGAAAUAAAAUCUUACGUGUGGAUAAAACAAGCGGGCUUACAGUUCAGGCAGUUUUAGAUAAACUAAAACAAGAAAUCCAGUCUUAGCUAAUGUGAUCAUAAAAUAACAACUGAUAUUUGAACCUGG